AUGUCCGAGGUCAGCGAGUGGUGGCUGGUUGCGUGCUUGCUUCACAAGCUCACCAUGGGCUUCGCCGUGAUCGGCGUCAUCAAUGCUGUGCUGAUGCAAGAAACUUUCAAAGUCGCCUACUUGGACGACACCGUCAUGGUGCGCGAGAAGAUGCGCACGAUGCGCGCGCACGUGGCCAAGAUGUCCGAGCUCUUCCACGAAGCGGACACCUCCGGAGAUGGAAAGCUCGACUUUGAGGAGUUCAAGCAGAUCCUCAAGAAGCACGAGGUCAAGGUUUGGCUCUCGGCGAUGGAGUUGGACGUCAGCAACGUCGAGGAGCUCUUCACCAUGCUGGACACAGGUCGUGAUGGCAGGCUGUCGGCGGAUGAGCUCGUCCAGGGCGUCUCGCGGCUUCGGGGCUCCGGCCGCGCCCAGGACGUCCGGAAGAUCUUGGAGAUGAGCGAGCAGAUCAAGACUGGCCUCAGCGAGCUGAGCCUCACAGCCGCGGUGCACCGCGAGCACGUCCCGCGAGAGCACGAAGCGCGAGAGCUCGAUCUGCCAGAUGUUCGCCAGGUGGUGGCCAUCAGCGUUUGA